GCGCAAACCUUCCAACGCGCAGCAACCUCCAAGCUUCUUUCAGCAUCACACCCCGUAAAUACCGGAUUGCAACCCCAGCAGUACGACUUCGACCGACUCGACCAGAGCGCGCCUGGGUGUAGAGGCCUUUCUUGAUCGUUCCAGUAUCCAUCGAGACCGACACGCAAGCCGCAGCGCAUUUGUUAAGCCGCACGGUCGCUGAGCUUCAGCUACCAAAGCUCGCCGGUAGAGACAGCGAACAUACGCACGCGCCGCUCAAACGAGUGCGACCUUCCAAACGGAGUGCGCGCGCAAGCCGCCGAGCCCGAAACUCUCGAUGCGAGUCGCAUCAGCACUCUGCUCCCAGGAGCGCUGACCGCUUCUCGAUCUUUGUUCGAAUUCCGAUCACGCUACGCACAGGCAAGAUGGCCUCUCAUGCCCUCUUCGACGAGGACAGCGACCUGCCACCCGUGGAAGAGCUACCGACGCAGGCGUACUUUAUUAUCAAGCAAGAUGUAACGCUGGACAUCAACUUCCGCGAGAAGCGCAUCGACGGCACGACUGACAUCAUCCUCGUUGUAUUUGACGAUAAGCUCGAACACGUCGACCUGGAUGCAGCACAAUGCGAUAUCGAUACGAAGAAUAUCACCGUCACGGAGCUACGCGAAGCUCAUGGCAGUAUCGUGGAGGGCCCCAAGCGUCGCACCGGGGCUGAAUACAAUGAUCCGUAUGACGCGCUGCGGCCACCCGACAAUUACAACUGGACUGCGGAACAUCAUGAUCUGCGGCGUAUACGUGCAAGGCGCCUGUUUAAUAAUCGAGCCACCGACGUACCCGCUGAAGAUAGAGAAUUCAAAGGUUGCACGCCGGCAUACGGAUCGCUCAAGGUCAAUCUGCGCGCAAAGGGAGGAUCAGAUCGCCCCAAAGUGAUCAUACGGAAACAAAACGAAUCGCAAAGACAGUACAAAAUUUCGAUACCCUUCACGAACAGAAAUGGACGAGAUGGAGUCCAUUUCGUAGGGGUCGAUCCGCUCGAUACCCGAUACCCCCACAUGUAUACUCGACACUCUCUUCAACCAGGGACGGCUUCCUGCAUUUUCCCAUGUAUAGAUGAUCAUGGGCAGCGCUGCGAUUGGAGAAUCACUAUCAAGCACCCGAAGACGAUGAGUGACGCGCUGAGGAAACCUUUAGCGACGCAGGGGAAGGACACCGAUGCAAAGGCUGAUCUGUCGGAAGAGGACAAGCUCCGGGAAAUGACGGUGGUCUGUUCAGGCUUCCUGGUAGAGGAGUCGACGGAUCCUAAGGACGAGCGAAAACGACUUAUGACAUUUGAACCGGAAAAGAAGACGUCGGUCCAGAAGCUUGGAUUCGCGGUCGGUCCAUUCGAGCACGUCGACAUCUCAUCAGAGUUCCGAUCCGAGGAAGACGAAAUCAAGCUCGGUAUCAGCGCCCUGCGCGUUCAUGCUUACUGCCUGCCUAGGCGGGCGGAGUGGGUUCGCAAUACUUGUAUCGCCAUGACGAUGGCCGCCGAUCACUUCAGCUGGUCCUUCGCUAAAUACCCUUUCGGCAAUUUCAAGCUCAUCUUCCUAGAAGACCUAGUGGAGGAUACAGUAGCAUUGCACUCUAUGGCCUUUGCAAGCAACCGACUCCUUUAUCCCGAGGACAUCAUCGACACGGAAUUCGACACGACGCGAAAACUAGUGUACACACUGGCCUAUCAAUGGACCGGGAUCAACAUGAUCCCCAACACGCGAAACGACAUUUGGAUCAGUAUUGGAAUGGCACACUUCAUGACGGAGCUCUUCAUGAAGAGGCUGUGUGGCAACAACGAGCACCGUUUCAGGAUGAAGACAAUGUCUGACCAUCUGGUGGAGAUUGAUAUCGAAAGACCGUCACUGUACGACCUCGGGUCGAGCCUCCAUCUGGGCGAAUCUGAAAUUGAGUUUAUGCAUUUGAAGUCGUCUCUGGUCUUCUUCAUCCUCGAUAAACGCCUUAACAAGGCGUCAAGCGGGCAUAACCUCAUGCGGAUCCUCGCAAAACUCUUGACAAAGGUUCAGAUUGAAAGUAGCGACAAGGCGUCGAUCCUGAAGACGCCCGACUUUCGCACCAGGUGCGAGAAGGCAGCUAAAUGUAGUCUCGAGACCUUCUGGGAUCAGUGGAUAUACGCCAGCGGUGCACCCCGAUUCGACGUCAAGGCGCGGUUCAACAAGAAGCGGCUCUGUGUGGAGUUGACACUGAAUCAAAUCCAGCAUCAAGUUGUCAAGAAGCCGGAACUGCAAAAGGCCGACUUCAUGCGCUUGAUCAAGGAGCGGCGGAACCAAACACCACUGGGAGAGGUUCAACCCAUCUUCUCCGGGUCCAUGACGAUCCGUAUUCACGAGGCAGACGGUACACCCUACGAGCAUAUCAUCGAGAUAAAAGAAGAUGCAGCUCGGGCGACAAAGUUCGAGAUUCCCUACAACACGAAAUACAAGCGCCUCAAGCGCACGCGACGUAUGAAAGAGAAGCUUACUGGCGCCGCGGCCAAUGCAGACGCACAAGGCGAGACGGAGCAAGAUGCCUUGACGGUGUCCCUGGGUGACGGCCUGUCAACCCCAGAAGAGCAGGCCAAGUGGGAAAUCAUCGACUGGGAUCCAGAGACAGAGCGGAAGAUGGACCAGGAGUCCUAUGAGUGGAUACGCGUAGAUGCGGACUUUGAGUGGGUUGCGGCUAUGAAACACACCCUCGAGCCUUACAUGUACGUCUCACAACUCCAGCAGGACCGGGACGUGGUAGCGCAGCAGGAUGCCAUCUUGUAUCUGGCGACCGGUCCGCUGCACCCUAUAGCAUCUGGGUUCUUGGUGAAGACCAUUAUGGACAGGCGUUACUUCCACGGCAUCCGGACCAUGGCUGCUGCGGCGCUGACGCGCCAGUCCAAUAUCAAGGACUUGCCCAUGCUGGGCUUGCGACAGCUGAUGUUGGCAUACCGCGACAUGUUCUGCUAUGAGAACUCUAAUCAGCCUCGUCCGAACGACUUCUCCGACAAGCAGCAGUACAAGGUCCGAUGCGCCAUCAUCCAAGCCAUUGCUGAGGUUAGGGAUGCGAACACACAUCGUUGUCCUUUGGAUGCGCGACAAUUUGUGCUUGAUCAGUUGCUUUACAACAACAAUGAGAAGAACUCCAUCUCGGAUCACCAUUGGAUCGCUCUGUUGGUGAAGACCUUGGCGAUAUCCAUGAUUCCGUCGAAGAAGGACGAGUGGGUCGAGCGCCAACGCAAACUCAGGGACGAUGCGGAAGACGGCUUCUUGGAGAAAGCCAUUGAACAGAUUGAGCGCGUGCUCAGGCGAGAUGAGUGGACAUACUCUUACCACAACAUCUGGACAAUCGCGGGUUUGGACGCGAAGCAGCGGUUGAUGAAGGCUGAGGUGAUUCCCAAGAAUCUACUCGACUUUGCGCAAUACUUGAUUGAUGGGACGGCGGACACGAUUCGUAUCAAAUGCUUCGAAGCAUUGAUUGAUCUUGGUGCUAUGACUGACCAUGCCUUGUUCAGUCUGCUUGUCUUGGUGCUGACAACCGAUCGGUCGCCCCAUGUUCGGAGCAAACUCAUUGAAGCCCUCGUUCAGGGGCUCGCUGCAAUUGCUCUCGGCGAGCACGCAAAGCCCGUCGAAAAAGAAGAGUCUGCCAUGGACCUGGACGAUCCGCUGCUGGUCGUGCAGGACAGUGAGAAGGAGAUUGAGGCGCGCCAAGAGAUGUUUGCUCGCAGACAGAACUUGGACUCGGCGCUCAUUGCGCUGCGCAAGGAAAUGGACGAAACAUAUGCCAGCGAUCAGCGUCAUUACCGCACCGCUUUGCGCAAGGCUUUGGACCACCAAGGUCUGACACGUACGGAGAUUGAGAGUCUGCUGGACAUUGCGGCCAUGAUGUUCGAGGAGGCUAGUACUUGGAUUUUGACGCUCCAGUUGCCCAAGACAUGGAAAGCGGAGAGGUCGGCGCAGGCAACACAUGAUCGACUCCUGAUGAAGUUCACGUCCCACUACAGGAUCGAACCGAAACAAUCAAAGUCAGCCAUACUGCCACCACCACCUCUCCCAGCCGUGGAAGCACCCGCGCCAGCUCCAUUGGCACGAGCGCCGUCAAUCAAGAUCAACACAAACAAGCCUUCGACGCCGCGAACAUCCUUUUCGGACGCAGCGGCAUCGCAGCCUCCCCCACCGCCAAAGCCAGCGAGUUUCAGUGCGCCCAAAGAAGUCUCCGCGCCAGCCAAACCAGUCAAACUACCAGCUGCCCCUGUGCCCAAGCGGCCAUUUGAUGACUCUGACGAUGACGAGCCGAUGGCUGCGAAGCGUACUAAGACUAGCACACCUCAACCCAUCAUCCCGUCCGCUCCUGGGCGCAAGCGCAAGAUGAUUACCUUGAAGACGAAGAAUCCCGGGCGUCUGGCGGUCAUUUUAGGUCAGAAACCGCCGGUCCCUAGACGGACUUCGCUGCCAGGCAUGGCACCCAAGAAGGAAAAGGAACCCACCCCUGAAGGUGUUAGUGCGAGUAUUCCGCCAAAACACAGUCGAAAGCCACUACCCAUAGGAGGAGUAGCUGGCGAUUCUGCGAGGAAACCUCUGCCCGGCUCUGGGGAUACUGUUCGCAAGCCCUUGCCUACAGGCGGGUCGUCAAUGUCACCCCCUCCACCACCACCGGAGAAGAAGUCUAUGAAAAUCAACACCAACACAGCGCGCGCAUCACCCAAACCUUUGGCUAAUGGUGCGUCGGGGAGCCCAGCACCAGCCACUCCGCUGAGCGCAGGUGGCCGUCCCAAGAUCAAGAUCAUACGGAAGUCGACCAAUCCAGCAACUGGCGGAUCGUCUCAGUCACCGCCCGCGCCUUAGUGGUAUCAUGCCGCCCAGAGAUUGGAUGACGUGGCAUUUCGUGAGCUGGACUAUGAACUUGAAGGCAGCGCACUCUGCACGAAGUUGAAAAGCAUGCAUUAAUGGAAGAUAAGGCAGAUAGGCCGGAGAUGUGCUGAGGACUCAGCGGAUAGCAUUGCGAAGGCGUUUAGGCUACUUGAUCGAUUCUUUUUGGGGGUGAACAUGAUUGGGGAUGCGGCAAAGGAUGAUUGAUACCUGGUACAUUGUAGGUGAGGCACAUAGAUCAAGAAUGCUCUGUCAUCACGAUGUGUUCCAAAUGAUUUGCUCUGUCUUUUGGCAUGAAGAAUGAUACCUGAGGAAUUAUUAACGCCGUUACCUGGUAGGCCUGAAUAUGUGCAAGUACCUAUGUCGUCACCAAAAGGGGUCCGCGACCGGGGGAAAAGCGGGUCCUGUCACGUGAGACGGGU